AUGUUUUUCACUAGUAACGAUCCAUUUUCAAAUAAUAUUAAAAAAUCUAAUUAUAUAAUAACUUUUCUUUCUGGUACAAUAACUGGAAUAGCAUGGUGGAUUAUCAUUGAUAUACUCGUUCGUUCAACUGAAGAUUUAUUUUCUCGUAUUUACAUUCUACCUGGUAUUAUCAUUACAUUAAUGCUUAUUAUUAUUCAUUUCAUUCCUAAUACAGCAAUACAAGAUGAAAAUAAUCUAAUAAAUCUAUUUAAUAAUGAUGGUCAUUCAAUAAAAUGUGCAAGAUUUUUAUUAUUUCUUAUUUUUCUUAUCAUUUUUUCAGCUGUUAUCGCUAGUGUAUGGAUAUUUAUUGCAGAUUAUAUAAGUACAACUAACAUAAACAAGAAACUAACAUAUGUACAAUGGUUUGGUGCUGGUAAUAUGUUAUUUACAAUAUUACUUGCUAUUGCUUCAUUAUUAAAUCGAUUUGGACGAAAAGAAAUCGAAUAG